GAUUUUUUUGUUUUCAAAACACCGGAGGUGAAGAGGAGCAAUAUUACUUGUCCAUCUUCAAUUAUAAUGUUGUGUUUAAUUUUUUAAACCCUCGGAUAAUUAAUUGGCUUCGAUAAUUCGACGAAUAUGUCUCAACACGGGGCUGCACUGCAGACUUAUAAUCAGGAGCUUGUGAAAUUCUGUGUAGGUUUGGAGAAUAUGAAAUUACGGAGGGCUGAAUUGCAAACGGAAAUCGACACACAGGAGGAAGAGAAAAAUAAUUUGCAGAGGGAAAUUGAAAAAAUGUCGUACAAAUUGACACGAAUCAAUGAGAGUCUUGGGAAAAGAGUUGCUGUCAGAAAUGAAUACGAUCGAACGAUUGCGGAUACAGAAUCUGCUUACAUGAAGAUCCUCGAGAGCUCCCAACUCCUUCUAAAUAUGAUAAAACGUGAAGCAACAACUUUGGACCAAACCUUCAUAAAAGCCAAUGGUGAUAAACAUAGACAACAAUAACAAAUCGUAUUCUAGAAAAUUAUUUAUUAAAAUAUUGAUCACAGCAGUAGAGACUGCCUCGACUGAUUGGAGAUUCAAUCCAGUACAAACUUGUAAAUAUCACUAGACAUAUUUUUAUAAAUAAUUACCUCGACCUGCUGAAUGAUUAUUGGUUCUAAGAGUACAGAAUUUUCUUUUCAAUCCUCUAAGAAUAAUAUAUCUAACAACAAUUUUAUACUGAUUAAUUAUAACAAAGUCUGGUGUCAGAUGAAUCAGCACUGCCAUAAUAGGAGAAUAAUACCAUAACGGAUGAAUAAAUUUUACUGUAUAAUUAAA